CUCGCACCUCAGCCCCUUCCCGCCGCGGCCAGACCCACGCGCGGGGCCGUUCCCCGCCCGGGCUGGGAUGGGGCGGGAGGGCGGGUGCCGCCGCGCUUCACCUUUCGGUGUCUUUUCUCUUUUGCAGCGGGCGCCGGAGCGACGCGCGCGGCAGGGCCAUGCCCGUCCCGUCCGGCCCCUGAGCCCCCCGGAGACCCCCGGCAGGUUAUGCUGCCCCGACAGCGUCCCCUGAGCCCCCGCGAGAAGGAGAAGGGCUAAGCCGGCCGGCCCCGGGCGUCGCGCCUGCGCCAUGACCCACUCCCAGGUGUCCUCCGAGAUCCACCACAUCGUCUCCUCCGCCUUCCAGAGCCCCGAGCAAGAGGCGCUGGGCGCCGGCUCGCCCGUGUUCGGCGAGGAGGAGGAGGAGGAGAAGGACCUGAACAAGGCGCUGGGCGUGGAGCGCUUCGAGGAGAUCCUGUGCGACGCGCACCCCCGCAACGCGGAGGAGGCCGGGCGCAGCUACGGCGAGGAGGACUUCGAGUACCACCGCCAGUCGUCCCACCACAUCCACCACCCGCUCUCCACCCACCUGCCCCCCGACACCCGCCGCAAGAAAGGGGUGCCGAAAAAGGGCAAGAAGAAGCACCGCCGCGCCUCCGUCCCGGGCGAGACCCCCACCAUCGAGGAGGCCGAAGAGGAUGAGGACGAGGCGUGCGACACGGAGACGGAGCGGUCGGCGGAGGAGGGCCUGCAGCCCAGCCCGCCCGAGGCAGUGCAGUUCUUCCUGCAGGAGGACGAGGUGACCGACCGCCGGGCAGAGGAGCCGGUGGCCCCCGCGGCGCUGCCCGGAUCCCCCCCGGAGCCCCGGGGCUCCACGUCCCCCGGGGACCCCCGGGCAGGCAGCCCCGAGAUGGAGGAGGGAGGUUCGGUGGAGGGAGCGGCCGCCGCCGUGGCCGGGUCCCCCGGGCGCCCCGUUCCCAAGUCGCAGCCGGGGCACCGCAGCUACAACCUGCACGAGCGGCGGCGGAUCGGCAGCAUGACGGGCGCCGAGCAGGACCGGUACCAGAAGAUGCCGACGGACGAGUCGGAGGCCCAGACGCUGGCCUCGGCCGACCUGGAUUACAUGAAGAGUCACCGCUUCGAGGACGUGCCGGGGGUGCGCCGGCACCUCGUCCGGAAGAUUGCCAAGGCGCAGGUGGUCCACAUCAGCAAGGACCACAAGGAGCAGAGCACGCGGCACCGCAAGCAGGACCGGCAGCCCCACGAGGUGUUCGUGGAGCUGAACGAGCUGGUGGUGGACAAGAACCAGGAGCUGCAGUGGAAGGAGACGGCGCGCUGGAUCAAGUUUGAGGAGGACGUGGAGGAGGAGACGGACCGCUGGGGCAAGCCGCACGUGGCCUCCCUCUCCUUCCGCAGCCUCCUGGAGCUGCGCAAGACCCUGUCCCACGGGGCCGUGCUCCUCGACCUGGACCAGAAGACGCUGCCGGGGGUGGCUCACCAGGUGGUGGAGCAGAUGGUCAUCACCGACCAGAUCCGUGCCGAGGACCGCGCCAACGUGCUGCGGGCGCUGCUGCUCAAGCACAGCCACCCGAGCGACGAGAAGGACUUCUCCUUCCCGCGGAACAUCUCGGCCGGCAGCCUGGGCUCGCUGCUCGUGCACCACCACAGCACCAACCACGUGGCCGAGGGCAGCGAGCCGGCCGUCACCGAGCCCCUCAUCGCCGGCCACGCCGUGGAGCACGACACGCGGGUCGAUGUGGAGCGGGAGAGGGAGGUCCUCACCCCCACGCCCCCGGCCGGCAUCACCCGCUCCAAGUCCAAGCAUGAGCUGAAGCUGCUGGAGAAGAUCCCGGACAACGCCGAGGCCACGGUGGUGCUUGUGGGCUGCGUGGAGUUCCUGGACCAGCCCACCAUGGCCUUCGUGCGGCUGCAGGAGGCUGUGGAGCUGGACUCGGUGCUGGAGGUGCCCGUCCCCGUGCGGUUCCUCUUCGUGCUGCUGGGGCCCAGCAGCACCCACAUGGACUACCACGAGAUCGGGCGCUCCAUCUCCACCCUCAUGUCCGACAAGCAAUUCCACGAGGCCGCGUACCUGGCCGACGACCGCCACGACCUCCUCAACGCCAUCAACGAGUUCCUGGACUGCAGCGUGGUGCUGCCGCCCUCCGAGGUGCAGGGCGAGGAGCUGCUGCGCAGCGUCGCCCACUUCCAGCGCGAGAUGCUGAAGAAGAGGGAGGAGCAGGAGCGAAGGCUGCUGCUGGAGCCCAAGUCCCCCGAGGAGAAAGCGCUGCUAAAGCUGAAGGUGGUGGAGGGCGAGGGCGAGGAGGAGGAGGAUGAUCCCCUGCGGCGCACGGGCCGGCCCUUCGGGGGGCUGAUCCGGGACGUGCGGCGGCGGUACCCCAAGUACCUGAGCGACUUCAGGGAUGCGCUGAACCCCCAGUGCAUUGCAGCCGUCAUCUUCAUCUACUUCGCCGCGUUGUCGCCGGCCAUCACCUUCGGAGGGCUGCUGGGGGAGAAGACGCAGGACCUGAUCGGGGUGUCCGAGCUGAUCAUCUCCACGUCGCUGCAGGGCGUGCUCUUCUGCCUGCUGGGCGCCCAGCCCCUGCUCGUCAUCGGCUUCUCGGGGCCGCUGCUCGUCUUCGAGGAGGCUUUCUUCACGUUCUGCACGUCCAAUGAGCUGGAGUACCUGGUGGGGCGCGUCUGGAUCGGCUUCUGGCUCAUCCUCAUCGUGCUGGUCAUGGUGGCUUUCGAGGGCAGCUUCCUGGUGCGCUUUGUCUCCCGCUUCACCCAGGAGAUCUUCGCCUUCCUCAUCUCCCUCAUCUUCAUCUACGAGACCUUCUCCAAGCUGGCCAAGAUCUUCCAGGAGCAUCCCCUGCACGGCUGCCUGCGGGCGAACGGCACGGGCGCGGAGGCGGCGGCGUGGAGGAACGGCAGCGCGGCCCCGGCCAACGGCACGGCCGGCCGCGCCGCAGCCAAGGUGACGGGGCAGCCCAACACGGCGCUGCUCUCGCUGGUGCUCAUGGCCGGCACCUUCUUCAUCGCCUUCUUCCUGCGCAAGUUCAAGAACAGCCGGUUCUUCCCUGGACGGAUCCGGCGGCUCAUCGGGGACUUCGGGGUGCCCAUCGCCAUCCUGGUGAUGGUGCUGGUGGACUACAGCAUCCAGGACACCUACACGCAGAAGCUGAGCGUGCCCAGCGGGUUCUCGGUGACGGCCCCAGACAAGCGGGGCUGGGUGAUCAACCCACUGGGCGACAAGAGCGACUUCCCCGUCUGGAUGAUGGUGGCCAGCGGCCUCCCCGCCGUCCUCGUCUUCAUCCUCAUCUUCAUGGAGACGCAGAUCACCACGCUGAUCAUCAGCAAGAAGGAGCGGAUGCUGCAGAAGGGCUCUGGGUUCCACCUUGACCUCCUGCUCAUCGUGGCCAUGGGCGGCUUCUUCGCUCUCUUCGGGCUGCCGUGGCUCGCCGCGGCCACGGUGCGCUCCGUCACCCACGCCAACGCCCUCACCGUCAUGAGCAAGGCCGUGGCGCCCGGGGACAAGCCCAAGAUCCAGGAGGUGAAGGAGCAGCGGGUCACCGGGCUGCUGGUGGCCGUGCUCGUCGGCCUGUCCAUCGUCAUCGGGGACCUGCUGCGCCAGAUCCCGCUGGCCGUGCUCUUCGGGAUCUUCCUCUACAUGGGCGUCACCUCCCUCAACGGCAUCCAGUUCUACGAGCGCCUGCAGCUGCUGCUGAUGCCCCCCAAGCACCACCCCGACGUCACCUAUGUCAAAAAGGUCCGCACGCUGCGCAUGCACCUCUUCACCGGGCUGCAGCUGGCGUGCCUGGCCGUGCUCUGGGCCGUCAUGUCCACCGUGGCCUCCCUGGCCUUCCCCUUCAUCCUCAUCCUCACGGUGCCACUCCGCAUGUGCCUGCUCAGCCGCAUCUUCACCGACCGGGAGAUGAAGUGUCUGGACGCAGACGAGGCCGAGCCCAUCUUGGACGAGCGGGAAGGUGUGGACGAGUACAACGAGAUGCCGAUGCCGGUGUGACCGCGCGCCAGCCAGCCAGCCGCCCGCGGGGCCGGGGGCCGCGGCUGCGCAGCCCUGCCCGGCCGGGGGACGGGCACCCCCCGCGCUCCCCGUGCCUUCGGGGUGGGGGGGGGACACACACGCACCUGCCAAAGAGACGCUGGCCCCGCCGGGGACCCCCCCAGCCCUCCCGUGGGGCGCAGGGCUGGGCCGUGCCUUCGGUGCCCCCCGCCCCGGGCACAUCGUGACCACGCCAUGGGGCAGAGCCCCCCCCGCCCCCGGCCGCCCCCCAGCAGAGCUGCAGGUCCUGGCCCUGCCCCAGCCCAGCCCUGGGCUCCCGCCAGACAAUCAGGUGUUGCUGAAAUCCCACCCUGUUUUAUUUAACAGAGUAAUUUAAAUGGCAAUAAAUGGCUUUAUACCGAGCGGGGCAGGCUGAGGGGUGGGCGACCCCCGUGCCCCCCACCCGCACCGCGGCUGUGCAGGGGCAGGGAUGCAGGCAGCAGCUCCUGCCGAGGGGGGGCCCGCAGUUGCCUGUCCCCGAUGGGGGGGACCCCCCGCCCCUGCCUGUCCCCCCCCAGGGCAGAGGGGGCUGCACCCUGGUGUGGGGGCGCGGGGGUCGCCUUGUGCUGGGCCCGGGGGGGGGGGGGGGCGGGGGGGGAGGGCUGGGGGCCGGCCGCUGCCUUGUACCAAUAAACAGAACGGACUUUGCACACUUUUCA